UCUGUGUAGGUGGUGGUGCUGGGAGGAUUGUUGUCAAAGUUUGGAACAAAUCGAGAGGAAAGGAUUUCACAUUUUCCAGGAGUACAUUGAGUGUAACAAAUCGAUGCGAAGAUGUCUGUCGCAGGCUUGAAGAAGCAGUUUUAUAAAGCGAGUCAGAUGGUCAGUGAGAAAGUAGGAGCCGCAGAAGGCACUAAGCUGGAUGAAGACUUCAAGGACCUGGAGAGGAAGGCUGAUAUCACCAGUAAGGCCAUUGUGGAUGUGUUGGCUAGGACGUCAGAGUAUCUGCAGCCCAACCCAGCAUCUCGGGCCAAACUAUCCAUGCUGAACACUAUGUCGAAGAUCCGGGGGCAGGUGAAGAGUACUGGAUAUCCACAGGCAGAGGGGGUUUUGGGGGAGUGCAUGGUCAGAUACGGACGCGAGAUGGGGGAGGAAACCAACUUUGGUGGCGCUCUUGUUGAAAUGGGGGAGUCUAUGAGGAGGAUGGCUGAAGUAAAGGAUUCUCUGGAUAUUGACGUUAAGCAGAACUUUAUCGACCCUUUUCAGACCAUUGUGGACAAGGAUCUCAAAGACAUCCAGCAUCAGCUGAAGAAGGUGGAGGGCCGGAGGCUAGAUUACGACUACAAGAAGAAACGUCAGGGAAAGAUCCCAGACGAGGAGCUGCGUCUUUCUCUAGAGAAGUUCCACGAGUCCAAAGAGGCUGCCGAGAUCAGCAUGCACAAUCUCUUAGAAACUGAUGUGGAACAGGUGAGCCAGCUCUCAGCUCUGGUGGAGUCGCAGCUGCAGUAUCACAGGCAGGCGGUGGAGGUGCUGGAAGAACUGUCUGAGAAAAUGAAAGACAGAUUGAACUAUGCCCAGGCUCAGCCACGUCAGAAGCGGAUGCCCAAGCCGAUGCCCAGCUUUGACUCCGACCUCGAGUCUCCUAACGGGGGCUACAGUCCUCCACCUGUGCAGUCGAGCUUUAAUCCAGCGCCUGUUUUACCCAACCGAAACUCCACACGCCAGAAACGCCAAUCAGUGGAGCAGCCUUGCUGUAAAGCCCUGUAUGACUUCGAGCCAGAGAACGAUGGAGAGCUGGCUUUCCGUGAGGGCGACAUCAUCACACUGACCAGCCAGAUUGAUGAGAACUGGUACGAGGGCAUGCUGCAUGGCCAGGCCGGGUACUUUCCCUGCAACUACGUGGAGGUGGUGGUACCACUUUCUAACUGAAGCCCAUGACUGGAGAAGCGAGGAACAGUUGCAGCUGGGACGAGAUGGAGAGUUAAACACUGCAGGAGAAAAGGCUGGAGAUUCGGAACAGUGUAUUGAAUACAAACUACGCCAUAAGACACACAAUCUUGUUUUGUCCUGUGCUGUUUUAUUUUUCCCCCCAGUAUGUCUGUUCAGUCAGCUUGCCGUUAGAGGAGGGUCUCUAAAACACUACCAUAUUAAGAAUCCUUGCCCUGCCCUCCUCAUGGACUGACUAAGCCAGGAGAGAUUAUAUCCUUUAUUUUUUCCAAAAUCUAAAAAAAAAAAAAUUACCAAUAUUAUAAAAUGUUUAUUAUUUAAAUCUGCUGUCCUUUUUAAGUCUUCCUUUCACAGUUGUUUAAACAGGCUCAUCUUUGAGUUUUUAAUCAAUGGACCUUUUUUGUGUGCGUACCCCCUGCCCUCUAGUGGCCAUCCCGCGAAACAACACCACAGAUCAUUUGGCUUCUCAGCAGGAACCUUUCAUUCAGAGGUUUGAUCAUGAUUGUAUUCACCCUAUUUUUUUUAAUUAUUUUUUUUACGAAUAGUUUGACCUUUUGAAAGGGGUUAUUCAGAAAGGUCUGACACGUGUUUAGUUGUGAACAGUGUUGCUCAGGCGUCCCUGACUAUUUCUCUGGCUGGUUAGGAGAAAUAAUAAGGAACAACUUGGUGAGCAAAUUCAGGAAGAAAAAAAUAAUCACUUGAUUCCAAAAGAAAAUGUUCGUUUUUUUUUUUUUUUUCUUUGGCAGAUACUUGAUUUGUCCAUGUCUGUAAUCUGAAACUAGUAGUUUUCAAAUGAACCAUGCUUUUGUUUCCUCCCCUGUUCUUUCUGUCUGGAUGAAGCAGAGCUGCUCUCUCUGUGAGUCUCUAUAAGUUUAACCAGUAAUUGAAGACCAAACAUUGACCAUUUUAAUUACCUUUCUUUUUUUUUAAAUACUAUUAUUUUUAAGUUGUUGGUGUGGGUAUCUGUAUGUACAGUUUUCCAUGCACAGAUGAUGCCACAAAAGGAGCACAUGGUUUGUUUUAUGUAGUUUGUUUAUUUUUUCAACUCACAAACUGUUAAAUGAGGCCUUAAAAAAUGAGGAGUUUAUAUGACUCCGAUAUUAUCUUCCGUGUCUGGGCUGAUGUAGUAUUAUAUUUGCUUUUUCUUUCCAGACUGUAUUUGGUAAGCAACACUACAAAAAAAACAACUUUUUUUUCCUCUUUUUUUUUUUCUUUUUUCGCUGCUACCCUUUAAGAUAUUUAGCAUAAUUGAAACCGGUCUACUUUUACCUAAAGACAUUCCAGAGCCAUUAUGUCUUUUGAGUCCACGCUACCACCUUUUUUUUUUUUUCUUUUAAUGGAUGUUUCAUCAGCACAGUAAAAUGUGAAAUGAGGCGUCUGUCUUUUGUAAUGAACUGCACUGUGGUGGCAUCUGUAGGUUUUCUUUCUUUUUGCUGUAAUGCUUUUGAGGACAAUCUGGGGAGGGACAGAUGGUCGGACACUCCGUAUGGUAUUUAUUUGAGGUAUUAAUUUGUGAAUUCCAGGUUUCACAGGACAGUUAUGUCAAAAAUGCCAAAAAAGCUUUAUUUUAAAACAUUGCAAAGAAACCUAGGUAUACAUGAGAACCUUGUGAUAUGAGAUAUGAAUAUUAUGUAGCUUUAGCGUCUUGUCUUAAAAGGGCUCCGUUUGGAAAUGAGGUUUAUACUAAAGUUUUAAAGCCUUAA